AUGAACAGGCAACUCCAUCUGGAUACUUCCAGUCCAGACAAUUUGAACGGUGGGAGUCAGAGAUACUCCUUUCUUGCAACUCCAUCGGAGAUGCAUGCACCCGGAGGAGUAAUCAGGCAGACAGCCUUGCCAACGAGCGCACCGAGCAACCUCCCAGCAGAGCCGAGGAGCGUGCCAGAACAGACACAACUACCCUUAAACGAGAAAACACAGCACUUGAGUGACGAUGUGGGCCUCUAUGCUUAUCCAGGCGGGCCGAAUAUUCAGCAUCAUCCUGCGAAUUAUGCUCCAUUUGCCGAUGAAAUACCUCAGCCAGCCAAGGCUGAAGCAGUGGUACCUGACUACUCGUAUGCACAUCCUCCGCAAAGCCCAGGGCCGCUCCCGGUCAAAGUCAACCCGGAAGCCUCAGGACAGGUACUGGAAAGUCAUUCCACGGCAGUUUCGCCUGAUACCAACCCAUUGAAUUCCACUUCACUGCCUCAAUUUCCUCCUCCAGUUGCAUCGAACCCAUCCGCUACACCAGCAGCGCAUGAAAUCAUGGCUUACCAUCGGCCGGGACAAAUCUUACACCCUAACCAAGCCAUUAAAGGGGGUUUGUGGAAGACCAGUUUAUGUGGCUGUACAAACAUUGGCUCAUGCUUCCUGGGCCUGUUUUGCCCUUGUAUUUCCUAUGGGAAGACGCAGCAUCGACUGCAGACAAUGUCCCGGGGAGACGACCCUACGAACAUGCUCGGAUAUAAUGUCUGCAAUGGAUCAUGUACAGCAAUGGCCCUAUUUUGCGGCUGCCAAUGGCUACUAGCUACAAUCCAGCACCGGCGAGUGCGCAAAGCUUACAAGAUCGAAGGCGAUUUCAUAUCCGACUGCAUUCGAGCAACCUGCUGUACGUGCUGUACCUUGAUCCAAGACGAAGUUGAGAUAAUCAAACGAGAGGAGGAGCGCGAAAGGCUCGCCAGAGUCUCUGGAGCAGCUCUCGUAUCACCAUACUUAGCUCCAGUGCAAAUGUCGUACGGGCCACCGCCCAGAUGA